ACGUGAGUUCUGUAACCAAGCCCCGGCGCUUCCGAUUUCUAAUUUUACCCUCCCAUUCGCUGCCUGCCCUGGUAUGCUCCGAGUCAUGAAACCCUAGCCUGGGUAACCAGACCGACGAGCUCAGCGCUAUCCCUUCGCGCGAUCACGAUCGGCGCCGAGAGCGUUUGUGGCCGCCAACUAGACCUCAAUUCUUCGCUCACUUGGGUCGGCGGCAACAGAAGACUGAGCGUAAUACAGGAAGUCAGCGGAUACAGGGAAACCAGCUGGAGAUAGGUCCGUGGUAUAGCUCGCCUUUGCUUGGUAAAGGCCGGGACCGAAAAAUUACCGCCAAGCCGACUAAACGGUUCGUACCCAGGCUAUGAAACCCUACCCGAGCCGCCAGUCGCUGGGGAUUCUUCAAAUACAGCGCGUUUAAGGGAAUGGCACUCGGCCGACUCACAGCCUUACAGCCCUUCUCACUGCGCUGUUAAACAAGAGUCAGCAGCAGUCGGUCUGUAAACAAGUUCAAAAACUCUCGUCUGGUUCGAAUUCAAGAUGGCGGCCGCUGCGGGACAUGGAGGGCACCACCACGAUUUGCCGUCGUCGCCGAAUCCGGGUUCCAACUUCCAGGACUUGUCCUGCGCUCGCUUCCAGGAACGGCUGCCCAGGUUCAGCCCGACCGAGGGGUUCCCGCUGGUGAAACCGCCGGAGCCCGUCGCCGCUCCCGCCCCUGCCAAGCAGUCCAAAUCGGAACGCCUGAAAAACCGACGUGCCCGGUCCGCUCGCUUCAAGACUCAGCCCAUCACCUUCGACGAAAUCAAGGAGACAGAAGACGAAGGGCCAGAAGCGAAGGAGGAAGAAGAGCGGGCGAGGAGGGUGCUACAACAGUCGGUGCAGAACUUGAGAGAAAGCGCCAAGAAACUGGACAGAAACAUGAAAAAGCGUCACCUGAAGAAGAGAGAAGAACGAGCGAAAACCGAGGUGAUCGUGUGUCCGAGGGAGCUACUGGAUUCACCACGGAACGGCCUAACGCUGGUGUAAAAUAUUUUUUACAAGAGAGAGAGAGAAAAAGAGAGAAGACUGUUGUAUUUUUCAGACCCGUGAACGUUUUUUGAGGUACGUGCUGCGGUGCAGGGCGAAUUUUUCCAUGUUAGGGAGAGAGGCAGGACAACAGACAGGCACAGAUUCGGAGAUUGGGUUCUGGCGAAGGGAAAAAGUGGUCCCCGGUGGCUGUUUUAGCCUCGCGUAGCAGGCUUCGU